ACCACGUGCAGCUGCUUAUUUACAAAUAAAAAUGGACAAAAAAACUGAAGUGAAGAAAAUAAAAAGUAAAAGGUGUUGUGUGCAUAACUGCCAAAAUAAGACUGGCAUUACACAAGUGCCUUUUUAUCAUUUUCCAACAGAUAAUAAGCUAUUUCCCCAUAAAGUAGCUCGCAGAAAUGCUUGGAUAAAAGCAGUAAGACUAAAUCGUAGUGAUGGGUCUGAAUGGCAGCCGAGCAAACACGAUUUAAUUUGUGGUCAACAUUUUGUUGGAAAUAUUAAAUCCGAGCAUCCUAACAGCCCCAGCUUUAACCCAACAAUUUUUCCAGCUGCUUACAAAAAUACAAUUAGUAAUCCUGAAGAGGCACGUCAGCGUUUUGAGCGUUGGAUAAAUAGAAACAGUUCAUCCAAACCAAGUGUUGACCUAAAAGUUGAAGAUUUAUCAAUCAAUACUACUUGUGACAGUGACUUGUACAGUAUUGAUACUGUGGCAGAAGAAAAAGUUGUGAUUAGUACUAAAAGUGUUGGAAUACAAGUUUACUUUACAGAAGAGACAGAUACACGAGAAAUAUUUAUUUCUAAUUUAAUGCAAUCAUCUUCAUGCGGCUAAAAUAAACGUGAU